GUCGAUGAAGAAAGAACAGCGACCUCUUCUUCUCUCUUCCUUUCUCUUUGGGAAGAGAUUAUUAUAAGCUUUCUUUAAUCUGUGAACUGGUUUCCAGAAUUUGCUGAAUAAACUCUCACUACCAUAGAAAAAAAAAUAAAGAGCUCAAGACAAAGAAAGCUGGAAGGAGAGAGAAGAUAGAAAACGAUAGCUAAAGCUCUCAAUCUUCUCUUCUUUAAUUCUCUGCAACUCAAGGAACGAUAUAUAACUAUGAAUAACAAGAAUCAAGACUUGGCAUGGGUCUAGCUACUACAACUGUUCCUCAUCAUCAUCAUCAUCAUCACAAGACUCUUGACAACACUUUAGAUUCUAUGUCCCAAGAUUAUCAUCAUCACCAAGGAAUCUUUUCCUUCUCCAGUGGAUUCCACAGACCAUCACCCUCCCAUCAUGAAGAAGUUGAGGAAUCUGCUGUCUCCGGAGCACAGAUUCCGGUUUACGAAACCGCCGGAAUGUUAUCUGAAAUGUUUAGUUUCCCCGGCGGUGGCAACGGUGGUUCCGGUGAGAUACUUCAUGAUCAUUCUACUAAACAAUUGCUAGAGCAACAAAACCGUCACAACAACAACAGCUCAACUCUACAUAUGUUACUACCAAAUCAUCAUCAUCAAGGUUAUGGUUUCACCAACGAGCAACAACAACAACAUCACUUCACAUGGCCAUCUUCCUCCGAUCAUCAUCAGAGUCAAGGAGAUAUGAUCGGGACCGUACACGUGGAAGGUGGAAAAGGUCUAUCUCUAUCUCUCUCAUCGUCAUUAGCAGCAGCUAAAGCAGAAGAAUACAGAAGCAUUUAUUGUGCAGCCGUUGAUGGAACUUCUUCUUCUUCUAACGCUUCGGUUCACCAUCACCAAUUCAAUCAACUCAAGACUCUUCUUCUUGAUAACUCUUCUUCUCAUCAUCAACAUCAAGUUAUGGGACAUUUCGGAUCAUCUUCAUCGUCUCCCAUGGCUGCUUCUUCCUCCAUUGGAGGGAUCUAUACGUUGAGGAACUCCAAGUACACUAAACCAGCACAAGAGUUGUUGGAAGAGUUUUGUAGUGUUGGAAGAGGACAUUUCAAGAAGAACAAACUUAGUAGAAACAACUCAAACCCUAAUACUAGCGGUUGCGGUGGUCGUGGUGGUGGAGGGUCAUCUUCGUCGGCAGGAGCAGCCAAUGAUAAUCCUCCGUUGUCUCCGGCUGAUCGGAUUGAGCAUCAGAGAAGAAAAGUCAAGCUACUAUCCAUGCUUGAAGAGGUAGACCGACGGUACAACCACUACUGCGAACAAAUGCAAAUGGUAGUAAACUCAUUCGACCAAGUAAUGGGUUAUGGUGCGGCGGUUCCAUACACGACGUUGGCCCAAAAGGCCAUGUCUCGACAUUUCCGGUGUUUGAAAGAUGCGAUCGCGGUUCAGCUGAAACACAGCUGUGAGCUUCUAGGUGACAAAGAGUCAGCGGGGGGUGCGUCUUCAGGGUUAACCAAAGGCGAAACUCCACGGUUGCGUUUGCUAGAGCAGAGUUUGCGUCAGCAACGAGCGUUUCAUCAUAUGGGUAUGAUGGAGCAAGAGGCAUGGAGACCACAACGCGGUUUGCCUGAACGCUCUGUUAAUAUCCUUAGAGCUUGGCUUUUCGAGCAUUUUCUUAAUCCGUACCCAAGCGAUGCUGAUAAGCACCUCUUGGCUCGGCAGACUGGUCUAUCCAGAAAUCAGGUGUCGAAUUGGUUUAUAAAUGCUAGGGUUCGUCUGUGGAAACCAAUGGUUGAAGAAAUGUAUCAACAAGAAGCAAAAGAAAGAGAAGAAGAAGAAUUAGGAGAAAAUAAAAAAGAAGAUUAUCAACAACAAAGAAGACAUCAACAAACAAACAACAGAGACACGAAACCCAAUGAAAGCAACUUCACUCUCGUUCAGACAAUAACCGCACAAACUCCAACAACGACGAUGAUGACGUCGACACCUCAUGAAAACGACUCUUCAUCCCUCCCUCCCUCUACCUCCGUCGCAACCGCCGCCCCUCUCGGCGUUUCAGGCGUUUUCACCGUCGCCACGUGUCAGCAAGAUGUCAGUGACUUCAACGUCGAGGAUGGUGUCAUAAGAUUCGGGACCAAACAGGCUGGCGACGUGUCACUUACGCUUGGUCUACGCCACACUGGCAAUAUGCCUGAUAAUAAGAGCCCUUCUUUCUCCGUUAGAGACUUUGGAGAUUUUUAGACUGCCUUCCUCGUUUCUCCAUUUAUCAAUCAAUUUAUUAAGAGUGCAAUUUUUUUUUUGGUUUAUGCGAAUAUGUUUUUAGUCUGUUCACAUUCACAUAUAUACUUUCAAGUUUCUUUUUCUGUUUGUCCUCUCGUAAGAAGAAGACAAAUACAUAUAUAAAUUUAUACCCCUAGCUACAAAAGUUAUAUAUAAUGUUGUUUAGAUUGUAAAAAUGCAAUGUUUUGGUUUCUUUUCCAAAUUGAUGUCCUUCGUAAGUUUC